AUGAAGUUCUUGCUCCUUACCGUUGCCUUCCUGGGCGUGGCUUUCGCCAGCCCCUUAAGCCGUGCUAUUUCAAUUGGACCUGCUAUCGUCGAACAAGAUAGCCCGAUCUUAGUUGGACCUGCGAUCGUCGAUGAAGAGAGCUCCAUCUCCGUAGGCCCCGCAAUAGUCGAAGAAGAAAGCCCCAUCUCUGUAGGCCCCGCGAUCGUCGAGGAAGAAAACCCCAUCUCUGUAGGCCCCGCAAUCGUCGAAGAAGAAAGCCCCAUCUCCGUAGGCCCCGCAAUCGUCGAAGAAGAAAGCCCCAUCUCCGUAGGCCCCGCAAUCGUCGAAGAAGAAAGCCCCAUCUCUGUAGGCCCCGCGAUCGUCGACGAAGAAAAUGAGACUGAAUCCAGUGGAAUAGAUGGAAAUUCCGUUAUCCAAUUCAUAAUAAAAAUCAGUGAAGUAAUCAUUAAUCAAAACAUUGACCAAGCAGCAAAUAUUGGUAAUAAAAUCAUUGUGAAUGGAAUUGAAAAGCUUGAAACCCCCGAUGAACCCGAAAAGUUGUAA